AUGCCAACUUGUGUUGAAUGUGGAGUACCUGUAACUAAUUUAUACACUGAAUAUAGUAAAGGAAACAUUCGACUGACCCAUUGUGAGAUAUGUAAUAAAUUUGCGGACAAAUAUGUUGAGCAUGAUUUUGUUAUAAUUUUUAUAGACAUGCUAUUACAUAAACCUCAAGUAUAUCGACAUUUAUUAUUUAAUCGAUUAGAAUAUCGAGACCAUGGUAUUGAUCCAAAUGUAUUGAAACUUGAAUUUGUUGUCUUUCAAUUUGGUUUAAGGUUGGCUGUAAGUUUAUAUAUUGGAGACAAAUAUGCUAUUGUCAAAUAUAAUUAUAUUACCAUAGCAUUAAUAAUAUCAAGUUUUGGAAAAAUUUUAUUAAUUUUAAUGGUAAUUUGGGAUUAUAAUGAAUUUAAAUAUUCUUGGCUUAUAAAUAUAGUAGUAAUAACUUCUAAUGUUGAAGCACUUGAAGUAUUUUUAAAUAUUGGAUAUUGUAAAACUUUAUUAAUAUUAAUCUUUGGAUUAGGAUUAAAAGUAUUAGCUCAAAUCCUUUUUAUUAAAGUUACAAAUAGUCCUUUAUUAUUAACUGUAUUAAGUAUUUAA